AGUGUUAUCCCGCGUGCUCUUCUUCUUUAUGACAAGAAAAAAAAAAAUUUUAAAGAUUUUAAAUUAUAUGCAUGGCUCACUCUAUUUGUUUAUUUAUAUAUCAAAAUCUUAAUUAAACCUCAAUUUUACCUGACCUUUCAACUCCAACUUAAGUCCAUAUCAUAUACCACAUAAUGACAACCAAUCACAGACCUACGCUAGAGAGCAAACGAGGUAAACAACAACUGAUCCAAUCCACCAUCCAACAUGAUCAAUCCACCAACUCCACCAUCAAAUUAAGACCUGAUAUCGCCAUUACUGCCAUUGAUGAAUUAAAACAAGAAUUGAUUGAGAAUGAAUUACCCCUGAUACCCAGUAGUGGGAGUCUUAAACAUGAUUUUGAUGAGAUGCAGCAGGAUGAUGAGGAUUUCGAAAAUGAAAAAAUCGAUUUCAAACGUUCGAAGAAUAAUAAUAAUGAUAGUCAUAGUAAUAUGGUGGCAUUGAAUUUUUCAAGAAAAUUAUCGAUAACAAGUACAGGCACCGGAGCUACUAGUGUUAGUUCAGAUGGGAAGAGAAGAAGGAAAUCAAUCCAUAAGUUGAAUGAAGCCAAUGAUGAUGAUUAUUUAAUUAUAAAAUCAAAUGAAAUAAGCGAUGAGGCAGAAUUAUCCAAUGAUGAUGAUAGUGAAGCUAUAUCUGAUGAUGAUGAAGAGGGGGAAGUCACAUCAAGGACAACUUCAAGACGAGGAUCAACCAAAAUAGGCGUCAAGAUUCAACGAAUCAAAUCUCGUCAAAAACAUCUCUUGCCGGACUCAUUACUCGAUUCGAAAUUAGAUGAGAUACAACAAGAAGAAGAUUCAGACUCGGAUGCAGAUGACGACGACGAUGAUGAUGAUGAUGAGGACGAUGAAGAGACUCAAGCUUUACUUGAGGAAUUACAACAUUUACGGAAAAUGAAAGCUCAACAACAAGAACAAUUGAAAUUACAACAACUUGAACAACAACAAAAGGAACAACAAUCGAAAAAGAAAUCUUGGAGAGGAGGGUCAGCAUUUGGAAGAAGAUUAUCAACUUCAAAAACAACCACCACAACUACUACAACUACAACUACAACUACAACAAAUGACAAAUCAACUUAUACUAAUGAUACUUUAAAAUCAGAUUUACAUCAAAAAUUCUUAUCAAAAUAUAUACGAUAAUCAUACUUUUAUAGGUGUAUAUAUAUCAUAUUUUACGAAAAUAAAUUUUUUACGACAAUUAAUCUUUUUUAAUCAAAUAAUUUAU